UAUAUAGUAGUUCACAUGAAGGAUCAUGGAAAUCUCUUCCCCAAACAGCUGGUCAUUUGGAGGCGAAUUGAAAAUUUCAAAACCAAGAUUGGUAGAUCUCUUUUGCUAGGCAAGAAUAUCAAGCAAUUUGGAGUUAAGGCAGGUGCAGAUUUAGAGCAGUCUUUGCUGAGCUUCGAGAAGUUGGACAGAGCUUCACCAGAUUUAUGGCCAGAACAAAUGCCAGGGGUAGCGGAAUUUGCAGCAUCUUUCAAAAGUCCUAUUACCAGCUCUCCACCCAAAUGGAUGGCAGAACUUGAAAAAGAUGAUAUUGACAUGCUGAAAGAGUUGGGAAGUCUUACUACUGCUAACUUAAUGGAGAAGGUACGAGGCCUACAAAAUCUCGCUUACCAGUUGGGAUUGGAUGAAUCACGAGAAAUGACCAGAGGAAAAUUUUUAAACAUUUUGGAACGGCCCAAGAAGUUGCAGUAAAAUUCCAACCACUUGUUUCUGAGAGAAGACCCAGCACUCGUUUAAAGACAAUUGCUGUCUACGGAUACCUCCUUGGGUUUAUUCUUCACAUAUCGUCUGUUCAGACUGCCUAUACAAUAGAGCGUCACAAGAUCAUACUUUAAGGACAACUUAUCUUUUAGCCUAUAAGGCAAAUUGUUUUUAAUUGGAAAUAGAAACUACUGUUGAUGCUUCUUUGCUGUAGAAAGGCAGCAUUUGGUUUGCCUUGUGUAUAUGAAAUUACAAUAUUGUUAUAUUGUGGUGAACUCAUCUAGAUGUAUUUCUUAUCGUAUAUUUAGAAUUGUUAUUCCCUUUUAACACGCAAUGAAGUAAGUUUUGACGUUGAGGUUACGCACAACAAUAGCACUUUAGGGCUUCUGAUUCUAUCAGCACAUGCCCACAUUUGGAUAUCAAAUAAUAAUACAUUUGAUGGGAGGAGCAUUGUAAAGAACAUUGUCUGGGAGUACAAUGGCUUUUCACAAACCCCACUUGUUUGUUUUAGACAGAAUAACAUAAAAUUGAACAUGUUUUCAGAGAUUUAAUAAGGUGUUUCAAAAGAUUGUCCAAACUUCUCUCCUACAGUUUGUGAGGCCAUCUCGAGGCUUUGCUGUGCUUCUACUUUUUAACACAUUACUGUCUGUGUGUUGUCAGAUUUUUAAUGAUAGAGCAUAUAAAAGCUAUGUUAAAAUUAUUGUGCAUUGUAGUGGUACCCUAAGGGGUGAUUGAUCAACAGUUAGAGGUUUAGACUGGAGUGUGCAAAAAGAAAUCCGGCAUUGGCAUUAAAUUACUUAUUCCACCUGAAAUAUUAUGGAUCUGUGACUAACAAACAAGACAAAUCUUUGAUAUUUUGCUCCAAAGUGAAAACAAAGCUAACUUAAUUAUAAAUCAAUUUAAAAAGGUGUCAUGCCAAACCGAAAUAACUUUGAUUGAGAAGAGAGAUUAUAAUCAUAUCUAAGAGUACGUAUGGCUGUGCAUCAAGCAGUCUUGUUUAGAUGAAUGAUUCAGGCAUGUGUUGCAAGGGAAUAACUUCUCCUAUCGCUCUAAUUUAUUUCCCUUUUGGUAUCAGAAGAAAACAUUAGGACGUACUCAGUUAGUAACCUGGAGAAAGAUUUUUCUUAAUUUUAUUUGUCCUUCAUUUCCUGGGCCCCAAUGUGUCUCCUUCCUGGCUACCAAAACUAUGCUUUGUGAUUGACCUGCAGCAGGGAUAAACAGUUGGGCUGCAAACUGCAUAGGUGGAGUAUUGAAUCUUGGGAGAGGGGUCAUUUUAAGAAGAAAAAUAAAUUAAACCAAAUUUUGAUUCGAAAUUUUAAACUUUAAGUAGAGAACAUGAAAGUCUAAGUUGUACUUGAUCACAAUCACGCAAUCGAGUGAGUAUCACUGUAGUCAGGGACACAACACAAACCCAACUUUCCAUAUCAAAUUUCACAUGUUGAUGCAAACAGUUCUGUUCAGCCCAAUCACAUUGUCACAUUAUUUGGAUUUACUCAUUGCAGCAUUCUAAUAAAAUGGAGACCAUCCUUUAAAAUUUCAGCCUUGGUAACUGAUGCACAAAGCUAAACUGAAGUCUGAUUUUAGGACUAAGGUCUGGGAUAAAGUCACAGGGAAAUAUUGGACAAAAUCACUGGAAACAUUGACCUCUCUAGCGACCCAUAGACAUCUCAAAUAUGAGAAGCUUAGAUCUUAAGUGGUUGCUUGUAAAGGGGUGUGACACUUUGUUAUAGAUGUACGAAUCAUUCAAGCCACCUGCCCCUACCCUUCAAUAUUGUUCCAAUUAUUAGGUUCAGGCUUUGUUUCCAUAUAUUUUUGGAAUUGAAAUCGGAUCUAGUUUCACAAACAGUGUUGUGCAAAAGUGUGAAAUGUUUCUAUUAUAUAGUUUAUUUUUGAAUUAAAAAUAUGCAUUAUUUAAAAACCUUCUUAAGAUCAUUUGAUUAUAUUUCUUAGGAGUAUAUGCAUUAGACAUACUUUUCUUUUAUUUCUUCAGACUUUACUGUGGUGAUGUGUGCAAAAUACCAAGGGUUGCCAGUAUCUGGGAAAAUGUAUAUGAGAAUACAAAGAAACUAGCAAAGAGUCUUUAAUCCUGCUCAUUCUAUUGUAAUUCAAGAAAAGUUAAUGCAAUUAGCAAAAGAACUUCAGGUGAUGAAGGAGGAUCUAAUUUAUGAGGUUACUUGUCAUUACUUGGAACGUCUGGAGUAGCAGGAGAAGCAGAUUCAGUAAUGACCUUCUAAGGGAAACCAGAUGAAUUCUUGAAAGGACAAUAUUUGCAAUUCUAUGGGGAGAGAGCAGGAAAGCAGGACUUGUUGGACACGCCUUACAGAGUUGGCAGAGGCACAUGGGUUGAAUGACUUCCUCUGUUAUAUUAUUUUAUGUUUGUAUGAAAGAACCAUACAGUAUAAUUUUAAUUAUAAUCAAGAUUAUGUUGAAGUGCCAAUGCUGUUGUUUAUCACUGCCCAUCUGAGUGGAGGAUGUCACCAUUUGAUAUUAAAAUUACCAGUCAUACUAUGUACGGACAAUAUUUGAACCCAAAGUCUGCCCUCUCUCCCUACCUCUCCCUCACCUUUGGUGAUUAACAUUGCCCUUAAAGGGUCAUACUGUCUGACACUUCUGGUGACCUGCAGAGACUUAUUAUUGGAGUCUCCACUUACACCAUUUGUAUGAUCUUUUGAUCUCACUGCCCCGAUCUCUCUGCCUGUGUCCUUCUCUCUCACUUGACCUGACGAAGGGGCUACACUCCAAAAGCUUGUGAUUUCAAGUAAAUCUGUUGUACUGUAACCUGGAGCUGAGUGACUUCUGACAUUAUCCAUCGCAGUCUAACACAGCAUCUCCACAAUCAGCUGUGUGUAAGAACACUUCUGGAUGUAGAAAAGAAAAGAAACCAAAGUCUGAAUAAUGGUUAAGGUAGUUGUAAAGUAGUUGCACUGACGAUGAUAUGGUUUUAAUCAGCAUGGAAUGCACUUAGGGAAAUUAAAGCAUGGUUAGAUUAAAAUUAGUUUAUGGUAGCAGUGUGCCUCAGCCCCAGUCUGAACAGGAUACCCCUACAAUAGUAGGAUGACAUUUUUCUCACUUCUCUCUCAAACCAUACUUUGCACCAAAUGAGAUUGCUAAGAGGUUCUAAGUUAAGCACAUUUUUCUAUGGACCCAGAUGCACAAGGAACUGGAAUAAUAUGGUCUGAAUCCAUUUCCUUACAGCCAGCAGAGGGACGAAAGUUUCAUCACAUCAGGCUGGCAACAGUUCCCAAACAUGUAGCCUGUAGCUUGUUCUUUCUUUUACCAGUCUUCCAGCCCCAAAGGUAUGUUGAGAUUUUACUCUGUUUUCCUAUUAGUUUACGAACCUUACAGGUUGCCUUAGUAUUCUGUGGAUGAGGCUGCAAUCAACAGAUGCUGCUUUAAUAAGUACUUCAGUUUUAUUUUAUUUUAAUAAUGUAAUGCUGCACAUAGAGCUUUGUAGUCAAUGUGGUUUUUCAGUUAAGCAGUCAGCCUUCCAAUUACUUACUGAGGCUAAUGCUGUGUUUUAUGCUGGAAAUAAAUUUGCUCUGGAUUUGCUGUUCUCCCAAGAGUAGAUCUUACUUAGUACAAAGGAUUAGAGGGUGAAAGGUUUGAUGAUUUAUCAUGAUGACUUGAUCAAAAAACUAAUCUUUGCUGUAUUCUGAUGGAAUCCCUUAUAAAACUCAAUAGUUGUGUAUAGUAUUCUUUCGUCUGUACAAAUUUUGUAGGUGAAUGUUUUUCCCAAUAUCUGCAAUAAUGGAAAGAAUGACUUCCAUUUGAAUAGCACCUCAUCACUAUUUAGGAGCAUAACAUGCAAUGAACUCCUAUUUUAGGAGAAUCGAAUUAUAAAUCACAGUAAUGAUGGGAUUGUAAAAAUUAUUAUAGAACAGCAAACCAUACUUAAAUUGCUGACCUGAUAUUACAAGCAGGCAUUGAGAAAAUAUAGUUUAUUUCACAAGAUUGAUACAGAACUGAGAGGAAAGAUUUAAACAAUUGAGGCUCAUUUCUGUAGAAAUUGAAGACCAUUGAGUAGUGUUAGAGGUCUUUAACAUUAUGGGAAGGUUUGAUCAUUCAAGUGUAAGGAAGAUGGUUCCAUUUGUGGAAGUAGCCAAAACUAGGGGUCAUAAAUAUAAACGAAAACAGAAAAUGUUGGAAUUACUCAACAAGUCUGGCAGUAUCCAUGAGGAGAAAAACAGAGAUAUCAUUUCAGGUCAAUGACCAUUCAUCAGGAAAUUUUCAGCACUUUGCGGAAAUUUGCUUUCACAUGAAGGAAUAAAGACGUUAUUCACUAAUAAAUCAAAUAGGAAACUGAAGCCUUUUUAACUCUGAGGAUAAAACUUACUUACUCAGAAGUUAUAACUCAGUACAAUACAAACUAGCACAGGUAAAUAGCAUUGGUGAAUUUAAGGGGAAGUGAGUUAAGUACAUGUGGGAAAAAGAAGAAGAAGGUUAUAUUGAUACAUGAAGUAAGGUGGGUGGGGGUUUGAGUGAAACAUAAAUACUUGUGCCCUAGUUUCCUACAUAGAAGUACUUGGGGUGGUUCCCCACCUGUCUGCCAUCCAAUCCUUUCUUUUAAAAGUCAGAGACAGUUCUACUUUCUCUUCAGGCACCCUGUCCAGAGAUAAAGAACUCGGGUUAAGGACAGAUUUGUGGCUCAGUGGUUAGCAC